AUGGACUCCAAAGUCCAGCCCUUUUCGCCUCGCAAGACGCGAUCGCAGUCGAGACGGGUCACUUCCCAAGGUCAAGAAUCGAGUGCGGCAUCGGCCAUCACGUCUGCUAUAACCAAUCGACCUGAUGCGAGUCUAGGCGUCCAUGACACCAUCAGACUUUUGCCAGAGAAGUUGAGCGUCAUCAUCACUCGACUCAGGAGUGCGGACCACGGAAUCCUCCUGAAGAAGCACCUUUGGCUCCGCGAAUAUAGUGCAUCUGGCGUAGCAGGUGCUAUUGCAAGAGGGCUGCGUGCCGACGCAACGCUCGUGUUUGGCCAGGAGGAAGCUGGAACCGCCAUCUGCGUCGAAUCUUCGGGUAUUCUCCUGACGUGUGCCCAUUGCGUCGCUGAGAUGGAGGAAGAGCUGGAUCUCGAGAGCAGUCAUUGGCUUGUAUUUGAAUCGGGCCGGAUUAUUGAGGCCAAGUGCGUUGCUUGGGAUGGCCGUCGAGACCUUGACUUGCUCAAGGUAGUAGCCGCACAGGGUACACUAGACCCUCAAGGCUCGGGGGGUCCAAAGCCAUCCAGCCAAGGCCGUUUCAAUUUUCCCUGUGCGCUGCCCGACACAUCCUCCCCUCUGCUGAACGAUGUUCUGGUCUGUGUCGGCCAUCCAGGGAGCGAGGAUCUCGAGUCUGACCAGCCAGGCGUGGCUACAGGGUACGAUGUGCUGGUGAUGAGCGAAGGUCGCUUCAGGGGGUACGCGGAAGGUCAGGAUCUCCAGGACAAUGAGGAUAUCGGAGCCCUCCAGCAUGACUGCUGGACGUACUGGGGCCACAGCGGCGCUCCUCUUUUUCGAAAACGGUCAAAGCUUCUCGUUGGAUUGCAUUCGAGCUGGGGGGAUGAGACGGGUAGGCGGAGGGGUGUGCCCAUCGAGGCCAUCUCUGAGUUUCUUGUAGUGCAUAGUCAGCACAUGAGUCGUAGAUGA